AUGGUUGAUUCUGUUACAACAAUUGCACUUGAAACACUUCGGGACUUAUUGAUUGAGGAAGCAAAAUUUCUAUCGAGUGUGGGCGGUGAGGUUGAGGAAGUCCGUAGGCAGCUCAACAUCAUGGACUGUUUCUUGAAGGAUGCUAAUAGGAGGCAAGAUCGGUACAAUUCACAGACAGUCCAGAAUUGGAUCGCUGAACUUCGCGAUUUGUCCAUUCAAGCUGAGAAUGUGCUAGAAAGAUAUGUCAUUGAAGUGGUGUCCAAAAGAAAAGGAAAAGGCCUUAAAAUGGUUCUCAAAAUAUUCACUUGUAUAUUGAGUGAGUGGUCAAGAAAUCACCAAAUCGUAGAAGACAUUAAAGAUAUCAAGUCUCGUAUGUCCGACCUCACCAAACAGUCGGAGUCUAUGAGUGUAGGAGACAACUCAUCAAGAUUGGUAGAUGAUACCGAUAGGUCAAGAAGAACGUAUGGGCAUGAGGCUGAAAAAUAUUUUGUAGAGAAGGAGGAUAUUAAACAGUUAGAAUCAGUUCUGACAACUGAUGACAAAUGAAAUGGAGUGAUUUCCAUAUGUGGCAUGGGAGGAUUGGGAAAGACCACUCUUGCUACUAAAAUUUACAAUGGGGAGGCCGUGGAGCGGUGCUUCAAAUAUCGUGCUUGGGUUUGUGUAAGUCAGCAAUUUCAACCCAGAACUACUUUCCAACGACUAUUAAAGCAACUUCUUCUGAAUGAAAGUGAAGAGCAAGAUGAAGAUACAUUGGUCAGAAAGUUGUACCAUGUACAAAGAGACAGAAAAUGUCUCCUAGUUUUGGAUGACAUUUGGGAAGUUGAUCACUGGAAUUGCUUAAGAUGUCUCCUAGUUUUGGAUGACAUUUGGGAAGUUGAUCACUGGAAUUGCUUAAGGCGUGCCUUUCCCAUUGUAGAGGCAGAUAGCAAAGUUUUCCUCACAAUCAGAAAUCAAAACAUUGCUUCCAGAGGAUACGUCCACAAUCUCAAGUGUUUGGAUGAAGAUGAAGGAUGGGAGCUCCUUCAAAAGAUAGCAUUCCCGAACAACUAUUCACAAGUGUAUUUGGCUUGUUUUAAAGAAGAUGAAGAAAUAGAUAUAGAAAAACUAUAUUUACUAUGGAUGGCUGAAGGUAUGAUUUGUUCCGAAGAUAAGGGAAGAGGAGAAAGUUUGAGAGAUGUGGCAGAACGGUAUUUAUUCGAGCUAGCAAAUACGUGUAUGGUUGAAGUGGAAACAGACAAGUUGCCGCUAUAUAAUAGAUUUAAGUCAUGCCGGCUUCAUGAUAUGAUACGAGAUUUGUGUUUGUCAAAGAAAAAAAAAGAAGGAUUUCUGGAGCUUGUGGAUACAAGGAUUGAGGAAGACCCAAUGAAAAUACUAGAGAAGCUUCCCAUGUUAAGAGUUCUUGGCUUAAGGCGCAAUCCAUAUGUGGGCAGAGAGAUGGUUUGUGAGGCAACUGGAUUUCCUAAACUCAGAGAGCUUUCCUUGAAUGAUUUGCGGAAUUUAGUAGAGUGGAGAAUGGAGAAAGGAGUAAUGCCCAAUCUCUCUCAUCUAGUUAUUGCAAAAUUUAGUAAAUUGAAGAUGAUUCCUGAUGGAUUGGAAUUCAUUAAUACUCUAAAAACACUGAUUAUAAUUAUGCCAGAAGAGUUCGUGAAGAGGGUAGGAGAGGUGGAUGGUGAAGGAGAAGAUUAUCACAAAAUCAAACACAUACCCUUUAUUGACAUUUAUUCUUACGACUAA